UAGCUCUAGCAUCGGAGAGGAGAUAUACAGAGGGCGGUCGAGGCUUGGGAGAAUCCUUAGCACAACAAAACGAAGAUGUCGGGCAUGGGAGAUGGGUACGUGGGCACUGCCCAAGACGCCGUGAGGAUCCGCCGGCUGGAGAAGCAGAGAGAAGCUGAACGCCGCAAAAUCCAAGAACUCAAGACCAAGUCGGCGUCUGGUAAGGGCCAGCCUGGUCUCCUCCAAUUUGGUUCAGGCGCUUCCGAGAUUCUUGAGACUGCAUUUAAGAAGGAAACAGUGGGUUUGGUUACCAGAGAGCAAUAUGUUGAGAAGAGGGUUAAUAUUCGAAACAAAAUUGAAGAGGAAGAGAAGGAGAAACUGCAGAAGUUACAACAAGAGGAGGAGGAACUUCAGUUGCAAAAGCGUAAGAAGAGGAAGAUUAAGGGCAAUUCUAAGCUGUCUUUUGCUGAUGAUAUGGAUAACGGAAGCGAAGAGGAAGAUGGAGUGAAUGAAACUUUGGAACCAAAGAGGGUAGGAUGUGGGAAAUUUGGCAAAGAUCCCACAGUGGAAACAAGCUUUCUGCCUGACAGUGAGCGAGAGGCAGAGGAGCAAGCUGAGCGUGAAAGGCUGCGGAAACAAUGGGUUCGUGAGCAGGAGCAAAUUAAGAAUGAACCCCUUCAAAUCACCUACAGCUACUGGGAUGGAGCAGGCCAUAGAAGGGUGAUCCAGGUACGCAAGGGUGACACCAUAGGAGAAUUUCUUCGGGCUGUCCAACAGCAACUUGCACCGGAGUUUAGAGAGAUUAGAACAACUUCAGUGGAGAACUUGCUUUAUGUGAAAGAAGAUCUUAUCAUUCCCCAUCAACACAGUUUCUAUGAGUUGAUUGUCAACAAGGCCAGAGGCAAGAGUGGACCGCUUUUCCAUUUUGAUGUCCAUGAAGAUGUUCGGACAAUAGCCGAUGCUACAAUUGAGAAGGAUGAGUCUCAUGCUGGGAAAGUCGUUGAGAGGCAUUGGUACGAAAAGAACAAGCAUAUUUUCCCUGCUUCAAGAUGGGAGAUAUAUGAUCCAACAAAGAAAUUUGAGCGGUAUACCAUCCACGGUGAUUAAUUCGUUUGUGGACAGCAUAUUUGCUAUUUGAAUUUCUUGUGUGAAUUCUUUGAUGGAAGCGGUUGAAAACUGUUUUCUUAAAUCUGUUGCGUGAGGCUCAAUUCUUGUAUCCUCAUCGCCGUAGUAGUUAGAUUUUGAACUUAAACCGUAUUAAGAUAUCAGAAGGUUGCUUGUGAAUUUACCAUCACAAUUUCUCUUUCCUUUAUAUGUUCUGUACGGAAUCAAUAAAUUAUUCAAUUUAAG